CACAAAUGCAACAUUAAUUGAGUUUGACUAUUUAGAGUAAUGAUAGUUAUCUCUCAGAUUAGAUGAACAACAUUGACAUGUCCUAAUUUAAUCAGAACUCCUUUAUUCAAGGACAAGAAUAGUCCAAACUACUAUCAGAUAUCCAUAUGGCGUCGCAAAAAUUAUCACAUUCUGCUGAUCAUUUUGUAAGUGAGAUUGUAGCAGAUAGUCAUUCUUCGAUGUAACAUUCAUCUAAUUCCAAGAAAACAAAUCAUUUUGAUCUAAUCAUAUUAUAGAAUGCAUUCCUGCAAGAUCAAGUAUCAAAAAAGGAAGAAGUGGGCACGAUAUCGUAAAUGCGUGAUUCAAGAAUUAGUAGACAGUGAAUUCACUUAUCUCAAAGAUUUGGAAUUGAUCAUCGUGAAGUUUUUUGAUCCAUUAUAGGCAAUCCUCACAGAAGCUCAAUCUAAGUUGUUAUUUAGAAAUUUGAAACAAAUAUAUUUACUAAAUAAGCAAUUUUUAUUUGAAAUCUCUGGUAUUUUGUAUUGGCUAUUAAUUUAGAAAGAUUCAGCAACUUUACUUAACACACUUGUUUUGGCAAGAUCUUUGACAAAUAUGUUUAAUUUUUCAAAAUAUACUUCGAAUACACCUCUGGUUUCUCCAUAGAAGUUGUUUCUUCGUUGAGGAAGGAAAUCCCAAAAUUGAAUGAUUUUAUUUCUGAAUUGGAAGAAGCUGAUAUUUUCAAAGGAGGCAAUCUAGAAUCCUAUCUCAUCAAACCUGUCCAAAGAUUACCCAAAUAUGUCCUAUUACUCAAGGAUUUGAUCAAACAUACUUGGCAAUCUCAUCCAGAUUAUGAGUCACUCCAAGUGAGUGUCAAUAAAUUCAUAGAAGUCAAUUGCAAAAUUGAUAUUUUGAUGGACAAGUAAAUAAUACCAAUUUAUCAUUCUAGUGUUCUCAAAAAUCAAAUGCUAUUCGAAUUGCAAAAGCAAUUUUUUGAUUCAAUCAAUGUAUCCAUUGUAGAAUCCACAAGAAGAUAUGUCCAAAGUGAAACCAUCAAUGUUCUGGUCUCUAAAUAAUAGAAAUCAGUUAUAGUGUAUAUUUGCAAUGACAUGAUCAUCUUAACCUAAAGAAAUCAAAAUGCUUUAGUCAAACAACACGAAAAAUUGUAUGAAUAUCUCUACCUUAAUGAGAAGUCCUAUUGCAAAAACAAACCAGAAACUCAAUAUUGCAAAUUCUUAUUCACAGUCUCCUCCUAGGAACAAUCCAUAACAUUCAUUUGUCAAGACGCAGAACAAAAAUAAAAAUUACUCAGCUUGUUUGAAUCCUUAAUUAAUGACAUCAAGACGAAGUAUCAAAAAUUGGAAAUCCUUCAAGAAUGCGAAGUCUAAUCCAUUUAAGUAUUUGCCAAGGGAACAGAAUUAAGAAAGUCCCUUCUUUAAUCAUAUACUGUUUAUGUGAUGCUUGUAUAUAUAGAAUUGAAAAUAGAUUUCUGCAGGAUCUUAGAAUUUAACCUUAUUAACCAGAUACAGCAGUUUAAUAAAGUUGGAAAAUAUGAUCAGAAAGCAAUUCCCAGACAUCUCGAUUCCACAUUUAAGCAAGAAUCAAUGGGCCAGCAAUAAAAAAACCUAACUAAUCGAAGCCAGGAAAAUCAUCAUUGAAAACUUUCUUGAAGCUGUUCUAAACUCUCCCCUAAUCAAAUAGAACCCAGAACAAGUACUCAAAUAUUUAGAACUCCCCCCCUCUUUUUAUGAGACUAUUGCAUCCAGUCCUGAUAAAACUUGUGUAGAAAGAGAGAGUCUCAGAAAAACAAUGAAGUCCUCUUCAUUCAAUACUGACGACAUCUCCCUAAGUGAAACCCUUAAAUUUGUUAGAAACACAAAUACCAUUAGACAAACCAUGCAUCACAAAAGUUUAAAAAUUAGCAAUCAAACUAUCAAUAUUAAAGUAUCUCACUCUUCUAUGCUUUUAGAUUAUGUUCCCAGAUGAAUUUUACAUCUUUUUACCUAUCAGCCCUGAAUUAAGAGUAGCUGAUCUAAUUGAAAUGGCUGCUGAAGCCAUUAAAUUAUAAAGCUACGAGGAUUUUAAGUUCUUUUUAAUCAAUGAUCAAGAAGUUAGGAUUCUCGAUGAUGAGGAUUGCAUUCCACAAAUUCCAUUAAAUAAAUCAAGUAAUGAAGGGGUCAUGUCAAAACUCACCUAUCUGUUCAAAGAAAGAGAAAAAACAAAUACUAAAUUACUACUCAAAAAAUACCUAUAUUUAACUCCAAAACAAGAGAAAAAAGAUUAUUAAUCAGAUCUAGUAAGACUUAAUUUAAUAUGCCACCAAGCAUUUGAUGAUAUCAAGAACUUGAAAUAUCAGCUCACGAACUCUUAAUAUUAUGUGUAUUCCAUUUACUAUCUAAUUAUCAAGUAUUAUGAAAACUUCAGACAUGUAAGAUUAUGCUUAAAUAUUUAGAUUUUUACGAAAUAAUCUUUGCCCAUAAAUUUGGUGAAACAAUUAAUUCCAGACAAAGUUUAUAAGCAAUUGAAGGAACAAACAUGGAUCUCAGAAAUAUAUGUGGCUAUUGGAAUUGUGAAAUAAGAAAUCGAAUAAAUAAUUAAACAGCAUGAUAAGAAUUUACAAGGCAUUAAAAAGUUGGAAUAGCAAUUUCAAUAUAUUACAGAAUUGCUCUUUAUGGAAUCACUCCAAUAGAACCCGUUUUAUGGGCUUCAACACUUCAAUAUUGAAAUUCCUAAUGCCAGCAAAGAGAUAUUAUAAAGGUUAUUCUAUAUUCACAUUAAUUUAGAUAAUUCAAAUGCCAACUAGAAACCUACUGCACCCUUGGAGUCAAGUAUGAUAGAUUCAUUAUCAUCCAUAAUAUGGAAAAGAAAUUGGAAAUAUUCCUAAGUGACAUAGUCAAUCUUUCACCAUUCCCUUUUUAUUUUCAGUUUUAAAUAAAACACAUUUAAGACGAGAAGUUUGUAUUCAAGACUUCAAACGGAUUAGAAAUUUAGAAACUUUAAGAACUAUACUCAAAUAUCUCUAAUAAUUUAUGACGUG